ACAUUAGCUCUUGAGGAUGGAAGUUGUCUCCAUGGGGACUGUGAGGAUGUCCCAGAUGUGGAUGCUGAGAUGGGUCAUCGUAAUGGUCGGGCUGCAGUCCGUACAAGCAGACUUCAUGUUAGAUUAUGGGGACAGUAUGAAGGAUCCUAUGGACUUUACCUGGCCGCCAACAACAACACCAGUGUUUACCACUAUGACGACUGUGAUGGUAACAAAAGCUGAACCGAAUCCUGAUCACCAGUCCACGAUCUGCAGCACAUGGGGAAAUUUCCACUUCAAGACAUUUGAUGGUCAUUUCUUUCAAGUGCCAGACACGUGCAACUACGUUCUGGCGGUGAUGUGUGACACCACGAAUUCUGAUUUUAACAUCCAAAUGCAAAGAGAGAUUGUAAAUAACUCAAUCACUUUUAGCACAGUCACAAUAAAGCUGGAGGGGGCACUCAUCAAACUCACUAACGGCGACAUCACGAUGGACGAUCAAGCGGUAUCUAUUCCAAUCAAUCAGAAUGGAAUUAAAAUCGAAGGAAACCCAACAAGUAUUAAGAUCUCUAAAUAUGGAUUGACUGUCUUUUGGGAAGAAGACAACUCUAUACUGAUUGAACUUGCAGAGAAGUACCAAGGUCAGACCUGUGGACUCUGUGGAAACUUCAACGGCAACAAGGAGGACGAUAUUUCUGAAAACGGUCCGGCCACAUGGAAGGUUUCCACACCAACUGAAUCCUGCGAGGAUGUUAUACUUCCACCCGGGGAUCAGUGUGACCAGCAUGCAAGCGUUUGCCAGCAGUAUCUCAGCAGUCCAGGGUUUAGUGACUGCUAUAAUGUGAUGGACAUGAGUUCAUUUGAAACAGCCUGUGUAGACGACCUGUGUCAAUGUUACGGCAAUUACGACUGUCUCUGCAACACGCUGACAGAGAUUUCACGACAGUGCACACAUGCUGGAGGAAAACCAGGAACAUGGAGGACAGAGCAGCUCUGCCCAAAGUCAUGUCCUCUAAACAUGCAAUACCUGGAGUGUGGUGGUCCGUGCAAGAACAUCUGCUCAGAUCCAGACGCAAGUCUAAUGUGUAAAGAACACUGUGUGGACGGCUGUUUCUGCCCUGAAGGCACGGUGGAAGAUGACAUUGGUCAGAGUGGCUGUGUUCCUGUGAACGAGUGCCCAUGUGUUCACGAUGGCACAGUAUAUCAAUCAGGAGAGUCUUACAAACAAGCUUGUAAAAAAUGUGUGUGUGCCGCGGGACACUGGACCUGUACAUACCUGGAAUGUCCUGGAAUCUGCUCUGUUGUGGGAGGGUCUCACGUCACCACUUAUGAUGGAAAGAGCUUCACCUUUAGCGGCAACUGUGACUACAUCCUCACUAAGCACUCUAAUGACAGUGAUAUCGCUGUUGUGGGAAAUCUGGCAAAGUGUGAUCCAGCCCGAACAGAAACAUGUCUAAAUUCAGUUACCCUUGUCAUCUCGGGGACCACUGUAAGUACUGGGUUUAAUUGUCCUAUUUUUAAUGAAUGUUGCAUGUUUUCUUCAUUUCUUAUUCGAAAAUAA